AAGGCCCGGCAAGACAGGCUCUCUCCAUGUUAGGAUCCCCUCGCCGUAUUCAGCCUUCACCUCCACACUGUCCCUGCCCACCACAGUCUGACCUUUGGGAGCUCAGGCGGGACAGACUUCUAACCUUGAAGGAGGAAAGGAAGACCUGAUGGGGGCCAAACAGUCCAGGGCCAGCUCCAAAGACAAGGACCCCAACAGGCUGCUGGUGGGGCCGAGGCAGAAGUUCUCCUCCUGGGAUGACACCCUGCUCGUGGGGAAGGACCCACGGUCCCUGCUCAAGCGUGGCAUGCGGCACGUCAGCUUCAGCCUAGUCACUAAGGGAAUGACAGACAUCCCAGACUUUCUGUGGGGCUUGCUGGAAGUCCAGAAACUCAAUCUGUCCCACAACCAGCUGCGGGUCCUCCCUCCUGAGGUGGGCAGGCUGACCCGGAUUGUGGUGCUGAACCUGUGCGGGAAUUGUCUCAAGAGUCUCCCCAGAGAGAUCAGCCUCCUGCAGAGCCUCAAGGUCCUGUUCCUCAACAUGAACUGCCUGGCGGAGGUGCCGGCCGAGCUCAGCCUGUGCAGGAACCUGGAAGUGCUGAGUGUGUCACACAACUGCCUGUCCCAGCUCCCAGCCAGCUUCGCAGACCUCUCCAAACUACGGAAGCUCAACCUGAGCAACAACUAUUUCGCUCACAUCCCCAUCUGUGUGUUCUCCUUGAAGGAGCUGGAUUUCUUGCACGUGGGCUCCAAUCGCCUGGAGAACAUCGCCGAGAGCAUCCAGUGCCUGGGUAGCCUGCAGAUCUUCAUCGCGGAGAGCAACAACAUCCGCUCCUUCCCCAGGUCGCUCUGUCUUGUCACCAGCCUAGAGCUGCUGAACCUGAACAACAAUGACAUCCAGACCCUUCCGGAUGAACUCUACCUGCUGUGUAGACUGGGGAGGAUUGCAUGGAACCCCAUGGACAAAGGGCUGCACAUUUCCCAUAAUCCUCUCUCCAAGCCCCUGCCGGAGCUGGUGGAGGGGGGUUUAGAGAUGCUCUAUAGCUACUUGAAGGACAAAAAGCACAGCUGAUGUGGAUGGCAGAGGCAUGGACAUCAGACACAUGGACACGAGUUGUCUCACGUGGACCCUGUUAGCUGGGAUGCUUCCCUAGUCUAAGCUCUCUAAUGUUAGUGUCUGUCAGUGCUGGGCUCCUAUUGGCUAUGUGGUUGUGGAGCACCUGACCAGGUGAGAUGUUUGCUUUUAACCUUAUCUGCCCCUAGUAUAUACCCCACGUCCCCAACUAAGGACAAUAUGUUCAUCUCACUUGAAGUGUGUCUUGAAGCAGGCUUUUGGUUUUUACCAAAAGGAACAAAUGACUCUUUUAAGAGUGAGAUUUAGUUCUCAGUAAAGUGAAUGCUAAGUGGAACUCAACAUAAGUCCAAGAUCAAAUAUAUAUAUAUAUAU